AUGAAGCUCUCAGCCCUUCUGAGUCUUCUCCCUCUAGCCUCUGCGGCAACCACGUUGAUCCCCUCCACGUGCUUCGACUCACACUGUUCUCUGGAACAGUACUUCGCCUACCUCUACCCCUGGGGCUCAGAUCAUAAUGGCUCCGCGCGCAUGGUCGGCAACUCGACAAACCACGAGUAUGUUUCCGUCAACUCAGGCACAACUCUGGUUGCCAAACGAGUUAGCAGCCAGCCGCCUACCAAGUCGCACAGGAAGAUCAACUACCUGUCUGGUGCGGUUCACUCAGCAAGGACCUUCACCGUCAAAGCUGGAUCAGGCCUCGACAUUGAAGCCGAGUUCCAGGCUCCAACUGCUAGAGGUACCUGGCCUGCGUUCUGGCUCAAUGGAGCACAUUCAUGGCCUCCUGAGAUCGAUAUUGCUGAGUGGAAGGGAACGGGGGAUAUCAGCUUCAAUACCUUCAAUACCUCGUCUGAAGUCAAAGCCUUGGAUGUCAAAUACCCCUCUCCCCGCGAUUUUCAAAAGAUCAAGGCUGAGAUUCGUGAUGUCAAUGGCAAGGACGUCUCCGUAAACGUCUACCUCGAUGGCAAGUUGAUCACGACCCAGUAUGGGAGAGGUUAUAUUGGCAAGCCAAUGCAUUUAAUCAUCAAUCUACAGAUGGAGGGAUCGUCUGGCUCAUCUGGUCCAAAAACUGAUACCUACUACCGCAUUCGCAAUCUAUCAGUCGUGGAGAUUUAG